GCCGCCGCCGCAGCCAUGCUCCCGCUCGCCCGCGCGGCCCUCCGCCGCCUCGGCCCCGCGGCCGCGGGGGAUGGCUCCCUCCCCGCCCGCCUCCUCCUGCUCGCGCCGCUCGCCUCCAAGCCGUCGUCGUCCACGCCGCCGGAGUACCAGAUGCCGUCGGUGACGUGGGGCGUGAUCCAGGGCCGCAGGGAGCGGCUCGUGUCCCGCGUGCUCGCCCUCGACUUCCUCCGCUCGGCCGGCGUCACCGACCCCGCGGGCGAGCUGGAGGCCGUGGAGCUCCCCUCCUCCCUCGACGUGCUCCAGGAGCGCCUCGACUUCCUCCUCCGCCUCGGCCUCUCCACCGACGACCUCUCCGCCUACCCGUUCCUCCUCGCCUGCUCCCUCCGCAAGAACGUCAUCCCCGUCCUCUCCUACCUCGAGAAGCUCGGGGUCACGCGCGCCCGCCUCGCCGCCUUCGUCCGCGCGUACCCGGCCUGCCUCCACGCCUCCGUCGCCGUCGACCUCGCCCCCAUCGUCAAGGCGCUCCGCGGCCUCGACGUCGACCGCCAGGACAUCCCCCGCGUCCUCGAGCGCUACCCCGACGUCCUCGGCCUCAAGCCCGACGGCACCAUCAGCACCUCCGUCGCCUACCUCGUCGGCAUCGUCGGCGUCGCGCCCCGUGACAUCGGUCCCAUGGUGACGCACUACCCUUUCUUCCUUAGCAUGCGUGUUGGCACCACGAUCAAGCCGUUCUGUGAUUACAUUACAUCUCUGGGUCUGCCGAUGCGGAUUCUCGCGAGGAUUAUUGAGAAGCGGCCAUACAUUCUUGGCUAUGAUCUUGAGGAGACAGUCAAACCAAAUGUUGAGGCAUUACUCAGCUUCGGCAUUCGGAAGGAGGUGCUGCCACUCAUGAUUGCGCAGUACCCAUCCAUUCUUGGGUUGCCCCUGAAAGUGAAGCUAGCCGCACAGCAGUACUUCUUCAACCUGAAGCUCAAAAUGGACCCUGAUGGAUUUGCCCGUGCCGUCGAGAAGCUGCCACAGCUCGUGAGCUUGCACCAGAAUGUGAUACUGAAGCCCGUGGAGUUCCUCCGCGGCCGGGGGAUCACCGAUGAUGAUAUUGGGCGCAUGUUGAUCCGGUGCCCCCAGAUUCUUUUGCUGCGGAACGAGCUCAUGAAGAACAGCUUUUACUUCUUCAAGAGCGAACUGAAGCGGCCAAUAAGUGAGCUUCUGGAGUACCCAGAGUAUUUUACAUACAGCUUGGAGUCGAGGAUCAAGCCUAGGUACAUGAGAGUGGCAAGUAAGGGGAUCAGAUGUAGCUUGGAUUGGUUUCUGAACUGCAGUGAUCAGAGGUUUGAGGAAAGGAUGCGAGGGGAUUUCAUUGAAGGGGAUGCACCAGGACCUUCAUUUACAAUGGGUGGGAAGCUUCAGAUGCCUGGCAACCAGAUAGUGUCAGAUGAUGAUAAUGAGGAUAGUGACGAUGAGGUCCUAUAUAGGCGGACGGUCAUGCUCUAG